AUAAGGACUAGAAGGCUUAUAUAUACAUAAUUAAGCUAGCUUGCUUAUGAAUAAAAUCUUAAUCAAUUGACAACACACAGGGAAUACAGAAUAUGAGUUCUACAUAUUCAUUCGAUGCAGAUGCUGGUGAUAUCCAGGAGAUGAAAAACGCGAAGAUAUUGUUUCGGGAAUUCUGUUCCGAAUCGAAGAAGCUAUGGUAUCUCGCCGCUCCGGCCAUAUGCAAUCUUGUUUCCCAACACUCCAUCAAUGCCGUCACUCAGAUCUUUGCCGGCCAUGUCGGAGACAUUCAACUCGCAGGCUGUUGCCGUGCAAAUCAGUCUUAUUUCUGGCUUUGCUUUCUCCAUCUUGGCUCUGCUCGCUGGAGAAAGGAUAAAGAAAUGGGGAGGGGAUUCAUCAGAUUCACAUCCAGUUCAAAGCACUUCUUAGCUAGCCAGUGUUUUAUGUAGCCUGGCCAAUUGAAUGCAUAUAUAUUAUGUUGUCUGUACUUACUAUGUGCUGCUUUAAUUAGUUAAGAAUUAUAUAUGCUGCAGGUUCAUUUUGCUUUGUUUCUGGUACUGGUAAAUGUGUAAGGCAUGUUAGAGUAUACAGUAUAUAAAUAUAAAUCUACAAUUCAAUUAUCUGUUGAAA